AUGCCAGAACCAGUAGGUGUAGCAAGUUUGCCUGAUCAACGUCUAUCGAAAAGAGCACAAUCGAGUAGUAAACUGUCGAACAGAGCACUGUCGAACAGAGCACAAUCGAGCAGAGCGAGAUUAUUAGGCGCAGCUAGUCAGUACAAGAUUGUUUCCAAAGAAGGUGCUACGUUCACCAUAAUGGUAGCGGGUGAAAGCGGGUUGGGCAAAACAACUUUUAUCAACACAUUGUUUCAAACAUCCCUAAAGGCCCAUCCCGAUCCUCACCAAAGGCACAACAAGUUUACCUCGUCGCAUCAAACUGUCGAAAUCGAUAUAGUCAGAGCCAUCUUGGAAGAGAAAAAUUUCAAGAUUAGAUUAAAUAUUAUCGAUACUCCGGGAUUCGGUAAUAACGUAAAUAAUCACGAUUCAUGGGUCCCAAUUAUUGAUUUUAUUGACGAUCAGCACGAGUCGUAUAUGAAACAAGAACAACAACCAUAUAGAGCUUCCAAAAAGGACUUGAGAGUUCAUGCUUGUCUUUAUUUCAUUCGACCAACUGGUCAUUCGUUAAAACCCUUGGAUAUCGAGAUUAUGAAACGAUUAUCUACAAGAGUUAAUCUCAUACCUGUUAUUGCCAAAGCAGAUACCUUGUCGCCAACUGAAUUGGAUAUUUUUAAAACCAGAAUAAGGCAAAUCAUCGAGGCACAGGAUAUCAGUAUCUAUACUCCUCCUUUGGAAUUGGAUGAUCCAGCAAGUGCCGAGCAUGCUAAACAGUUGAUUGAAUCAAUGCCAUUUGCUGUUAUUGGGUCUGAAGAAGAAGUUGAGAUUGCUCCAGGCCAAUUUGUUAGAGGCAGAAAGUAUCCAUGGGGAAUAGUUGAAGUUGAAAAUGACCAACAUUGUGAUUUCAAAAAGUUGAGAAGCUUACUAUUGAGGACCAACAUGUUGGAUUUGGUUUUAUCAACAAAUGAAAUACAUUUUGAAACUUUUAGAUCACUCAAGUUGGGCGGCACCGAUACCGAAAAUGGAUAUGUUAAUGGAAGAGGUGACACAGAAAACGGCACCUCAGGUUCCAACGAAGAACUAACCAAUGAAAAGGGGGAAAUCAUUAAAAAACCUUCCUCUAGUGGCAAAAAACCAAGAAGAUUUCACAAUCCUAAAUUCAAAGAAGAAGAAGAUGCUUUGAAGAAAUUCUUUACAGAACAAGUAAAAGCUGAAGAACAAAGAUUCAGGCAAUGGGAAACAAAUAUAAUAAAUGAAAGAAACAGAUUAAAUCAAGAUUUGGAAGAAAUGCGAUCCAAGUUGAAAACCUUGGAGGACCAAGUUAAGAAGUUACAGAUUUCAAAGCGUUGA